CUCGAUUUAGGGUUAUCUAAUCUCGUGUGCAAGAAACUCAAAUCAAAAUCAUCUCUUACUUUCUUGCUCCGAUCGAUUCGAGGUACUGUGACGAUUCCGCUCUCAAAUUAGGGUUUUAAUUCGAUUAGUUUCUGGAAUCAAUUUCGAAAUCGAGUAAAGAGAUGCGAGAGAGUGUUUGAUCAGAAGAAUCUCUCAAAGGGGGUUUCUUCCAUUGUAUGGAAACUCGAAGCCGCAAGCGUGCGGAGGCGACCUCUACUCCUCCUCCUCCUCCUCCUCCUUCCUCCGGUCCCACCACUCGCAGCAAACGCACUCGCCUCUCUUCCUCCACCACCGCGCCUUCUCGCAUGGACACCUCCACCGACUCUUCUACCUUCCGCCGCGGAGGAGGAAGAGGAAACGAUAACUCCGACAAGGGAAAGGAGAAGGAAAGAGAGAGCGGCAGUGCCGGAGAACAACAACGUCUCAACAUAGACGAGUACGACGACAGUGACGAUGAUAAUGAUGGUUCCGGGGGAUUCAUGAAUCCAAACAACAUGAGCUCAGCGAGCAGUGCGUUACAAGGCUUGCUCAGGAAGCUUGGAGCUGGUCUCGAUGACUUGCUUCCUUCUUCAGCUUCCUCUUCCCACUUAAACGGCAGGUGCAAGAAGAUUCUCUCUGGCUUGCGCUCUCAUGGUGAAGAGGGUAAGCAGGUUGAGGCUUUGACUCAGCUUUGCGAGAUGUUAUCCAUUGGGACUGAAGACUCUUUGAGUACUUUCUCUGUUGAUUCGUUCGUCCCGGUUCUUGUUGGUCUUCUUAACCAUGAAAGCAAUCCGGAUAUUAUGCUUCUUGCGGCUAGGGCUCUUACUCAUCUUUGUGAUGUAUUGCCUUCUUCUUGUGCUGCCGUUGUGCAUUACGGCGCUGUUUCGUGCUUUGUCGCCAGAUUGCUUACCAUUGAGUACAUGGACUUGGCAGAGCAGUCUCUGCAAGCUCUCAAAAAGAUAUCCCUGGAGCAUCCAACUGCCUGUUUGCGAGCUGGUGCUUUAAUGGCUGUGCUCUCAUAUCUUGAUUUCUUCUCCACUGGAGUCCAGCGUGUGGCACUAUCUACUGCUGCAAAUAUGUGCAAGAAAUUGCCUUCUGAUGCUUCUGAUUUUGUUAUGGAAGCUGUACCAUUACUGACAAACCUUCUUCAGUAUCAUGAUUCUAAGGUUUUGGAAUCUGCUUCUAUCUGUCUUACUCGGAUUGCUGAAGCAUUUGCAUCGUACCCUGAGAAGUUAGAUGAAUUAUGCAACCACGGCCUGGUGACUCAAGCUGCGUCACUAAUUUCCACUACCAAUUCAGGAGGUGGACAAGCAUCUCUCGGUGUUUCUACAUACACGGGGUUAAUCCGAUUACUUUCCACCUGUGCGAGCGGGUCACCUCUUGGAUUCAAGACAUUACUUCUUCUGGGUAUUAGUAGUAUUCUGAAGGAUAUUCUAUUGGGUUCUGGUGUCUCGGCUAAUGCAUCUGUAUCCCCAGCACUGAGCAGGCCUGCAGAUCAGAUUUUUGAGAUUGUGAACCUAGCAAACGAGCUCCUCCCUCCAUUACCAGAAGGAGUUAUCUCCCUUCCUACUAGCACAAACACUUUGGUGAAAGGUUCAGGCCAAAGAAACCCUUCUCCAAGUACCUCAGGAAAACGAGAAGAUUCUCUAAAAGUUUCACCCAGAGAAAAAUUACUUGCUGAUCAACCUGAACUUCUGCAGCAAUUUGGAUUGGAUCUUCUUCCAGUUUUAGUGCAGAUUUAUGGUUCUAGCGUCAAUGGUACAAUUCGCCAUAAAUGUCUCUCAGUUAUCGGAAAGUUGAUGUACUUUAGCACUUCAGAAAUGAUCCAGUCUCUAAUCGGGGACACAAAUAUAUCGAGCUUCUUGGCUGGAGUCUUGGCGUGGAAAGAUCCACAAGUCUUGGUUCCUGCUCUACAAGUUGCAGAAAUUCUUAUGGAAAAGCUUCCUGAAACAUUCUCUAAAGUGUUUGUGAGGGAAGGGGUGGUUCAUGCUGUAGAUCAACUUGUCUUGGUUGGUAGACCUAUAUCUCAUGCUUCUCUUAAUGAUAGGGAAAAUGACUGUGUUCCUGGAUCUGCACGAUCUAGGCGUUAUAGACGGCGAAGUAGUAAUGCCAGUUCUGAUGGAAACCAAUCCGAAGAUCUUAAGAAUUCUGUGUCCGUAAACAUAAAUGCAAACCAUAAUUCCCUGGAGUCGCCUACAGCUAGCUUCAUGCUGAGGGAAUCAGUCAGCUCGUGUGCCAAAGCAUUUAAAGACAAGUACUUCCCAUCUGAUGGUGGGGAUCUCGAUGUUGGAGUCACAGAUGAUCUCUUACAUCUGAAGAAUCUUUGCACGAAGCUGACUGCUGGUACAGAUGAUCAUAAAGUGAAGGGAAAGGGAAAAUCUAAAGCCUCUGGGCCAUGUCUUGGCGAUUUUUCUGCUAGCAAGGAAGAAUACUUGAUUGGCAUAAUUUCUGAGAUACUUGGCGAGCUAAGCAAAGGGGAUGGCGUCUCGACUUUUGAGUUUAUAGGCAGUGGUGUGGUUGCAGCAUUGCUUAACUAUUUUUCUUGUGGAUGCUUUUCCAAAGAGAAGAUCUCCGAGCUUAAUAUGCCCAAACUUCGCCAGGAUGGGCUCAGAAGGUUCAAAGCUUUUCUAGAAGUCGCACUUCCUUCUGAUGGUAGUGAGGGAAAGAUCCUUCCUAUGACAGUUUUGGUUCAAAAACUUCAAGAUUCUUUAUCUUCACUGGAACGCUUUCCCGUUGUCCUUAGCCAUCCCUCAAGGUCACUAAGUGGAAGUGCUCGUCUCUCAUCUGGUUUGAGUGCUUUGGCACAUCCUUUGAAGUUGCGAUUAUGCCGUGCACCUGGAGAGAAGACAUUACGUGAUUACUCCUCCAAUAUUGUGCUUAUAGAUCCAUUGGCAAGCCUAGCAGCUGUGGAGGAGUUUCUAUGGCCCCGAGUUCAACGCAGUGAAUCUGGUAUGAAGCCAGCAGCGCCUGCCAAUGCAGAUACCUGCACAUUACCUAGCGGGGCUGGUGUCUCAUCACCAUCCUCGUCAACUCCAGCUGCCACCACUCGUGGUCAUUCUUCUAGAUCUAGAUCAUCAAUUAACAUAGGUGGUACCUCAAAGAACGAACCUGUGCAUGAGAAAGGUACUAGCUCAUCCAAAGGAAAAGGUAAGGGCGUUAUGAAGCCGGCUCAAGCGGACAAGGGUCCUCAAACAAGGAGCAGUGCUCAAAGGAGAGCUGCCCUUGACAUAGAUACCCAUAUGAAACCAGCGGGCGGAGAGUCCAGCUCUGAUGUUCUGGAUGACAGUCUUCCCGUGUGCACGCCUGAUAAAGUUCAUGAUGUGAAAUUGGGGGACGCAGUGAAUGACGAGGGUGCGGAUCUGGCAGCUAGCGGCAGCAAGAUGAAUCCAGCUCCUGGAGGCACUAGUGGAACUGCAGCCGCAAGGGGAUCUGAUUCUGCUGAUGCUGGCAUUCGGAAUUCUUAUGGUUCUAGGGGUGCGCUCUCCUUUGCGGCUGCAGCCAUGGCUGGCCUUGAAGCUGCCGGUGGUAGAGGUAUCAGGGGAAGUAGAGACCUGCAUCCCUCUAAGUUGAUAUUUACUGCGGGAGGCAAGCAACUUAGUAAACAUAUGACGAUUUAUCAGGCUGUGCAGCGGCAACUUAUGCUAGACGAAGAUGAUGAUGACAGGUUCGGUGGCAGCGAUUUCAUCUCAAGUGAUGGAAGCAGAUUAAAUGAUAUAUGCACAAUCAUGUACCAGAGGCCGGAUACCCAAGUGAAUAGGUUGUCUGUUGGUGGAGGAAGUUCUACAACACCAUCAAAAUCCACCACUAAAUCUGCUACCACCAAUGCUAGCUCAGAAUCCCAGUCAUAUAGGGCUUCUCUUUUGGAUAGUAUUUUACAAGGGGAGCUUCCUUGCGACCUUGAGAAGUCAAAUUCGACAUAUAAUGUUCUGGCGCUGUUGCGUGUUUUAGAGGGUUUAAAUCAGCUUUCCCCCCGGUUAAGAGCCCAAACUGUUUCUGAUCGUUUUGCAGAGGGUAAAAUUACAAGUCUAGAUGAUUUGAAUACAACUGCUGCUAAGGUGUCUCAUGAAGAGUUCAUCAACAGCAAACUUACACCCAAAUUAGCUCGACAGAUCCAGGAUGCGCUUGCUUUGUGCAGUGGAAGUCUUCCCUCUUGGUGCUACCAGUUGACUAGAGCAUGCCCUUUUUUGUUUCCGUUUCAGACCCGGAGACAGUAUUUCUAUUCAACUGCUUUUGGGCUGUCCCGUGCAUUGAAUCGCUUGCAGCAGCAGCAAGGUGUUGACGGCAGUGGGUCAACGAAUGAACGGGAGAUGAGAAUAGGGAGAUUGCAGCGCCAGAAAGUACGUGUAUCUCGAAAGAGGAUACUAGAUUCUGCUGCGAAAGUUAUGGAGAUGUAUUCUAGCCAAAAGGUUGUGAUUGAAGUAGAAUAUUUUGGUGAAGUUGGUACUGGUCUAGGCCCUACACUUGAGUUUUACACACUCCUAAGCCAUGAUUUGCAAAAGGUUGCCCUUGGGAUGUGGAGAUCGAAUUCUGGUGACAAGGUAUGUAGGAAAAUUGAUGAAGAUGAGAUUGAAGACGAGAAAUCAUCUGCAGCUAGGGACAGGGAUAUAGUUCGGGCACCACUUGGGUUGUUUCCUCGACCGUGGCCUUCAACAGCCGACGUGUCUGAAGGUAGCCGGUUUCAUAAAGCAAUUGAAUAUUUCCGCCUUUUAGGGCGCGUAAUGGCAAAAGCACUUCAAGAUGGACGGCUAUUGGACUUGCCAUUGAGUACAGCGUUCUAUAAGCUGGUUCUUGGUCAACAGGAGCUUGAUUUGCAUGAUAUUGCAUUAUUUGAUGCUGAACUGGGCAAGACAUUGCAAGAGCUUCGUGUUCUAGUUGGCCGUAAGCAGUAUCUGGAGGCAGUAGGUGGUGACAACUGGAGCGCAAUUUCUGAUCUAUCUUUACGUGGAUCCCGUAUUGAAGAUCUCUGCUUGGACUUCACUCUACCUGGCUAUCCUGAAUACAUUCUGAGGCCAGGAGAUGAAAUUGUUGAUAUUAAUAGUCUUGAGGAGUAUAUAUCUCUGGUCGUUGAUGCUACUGUCAAGAAAGGUAUUGCCCGGCAGUUGGAAGCCUUCAGAUCUGGAUUCAAUCAGUUCUUUGACAUAACAUCUCUACAAAUAUUCACCCCUUCUGAGCUGGACUACUUGCUGUGUGGUCGUAGAGAGUUAUGGGAGGCGGAGACUCUUGUUGAACAUAUCAAGUUUGAUCAUGGUUAUACUGCAAAAAGUCCGGCAAUCAUUAACUUGUUGGAGAUAAUGGGAGAGCUUACAGCAGAUGAACAGAGGGCUUUCUGCCAGUUUGUAACUGGAGCUCCUAGGCUUCCUCCUGGCGGCUUAGCUGUUCUGAACCCAAAACUGACGAUUGUGAGAAAGCAUUCAUCAACAUCAAGUGCGGCAGCCAACGGGACAGGGGUUUCAGAGACGGCAGACGAUGAUCUACCCAGCGUCAUGACUUGCGCCAACUACCUUAAGCUCCCUCCUUACUCUACAAAGGAAAUCAUGUACAAGAAACUGCUUUACGCUAUCAACGAAGGGCAAGGAUCCUUUGACCUGUCAUAA